AUCACAGCGAAGCCAUUUUGUCCUGAACGGCUCCGCCAGCGCAUUCUUCACCAAACCGGAAUAACAUAGAGCUGACAGUUCGAACCACAGCUACAGACACAGCGACAGACCGGGGGUUUGUAGAUACACCACCCCUCAUUCAGUCCAGAACAAUUCGACGUCUCUCGGUCUCACCACAGGCGGAACCGUGUCGUUUUCGCGGACUAAAGGGAGACUUUAAGCGGGACGGAAGGGAAGAGAACCAGGCAUCCGGUUAGACGCGCUGGCUCACCGGGCUGGAGUCCAACUUGAGCCGGACACUUUCAGCUCUCCUCGUCGGGAUGCGUGUUGGACUUGUUUUUAACAAUAUUAACCACUCUUUUUAAAGAUUAUGUGUUAUCUAGGAAUAGUUUAGGCUCGGGGUUGUUUUUGUUAGUAUUUGUGUAGUAGAAGAAAGCUGGAGCACUAAUUCAAGCUUAGAUGUGAUUUAUCUACUCAGCUGGCUGGGAUGAUAGUUUAGGUUGUCGUUUAGAUAAGUCGCCUAAAUAGAUUGGUUACAUAAUACGUUUGUCUUGUUACCGGUAUUGUUACAUUUUUGAGUUAAUCCAGCUUUCUUACCGUCUCUUUGCCAAGUCUCUCAUAGGGUUUGGUUUGUACGUCUAUGCAUAUUUUCUCAAGCAAACCUGUCAGAGUUCUUGACUGGUUAGGUCUUGGUGCCAGUGUAAUAGUAGGUUUAUAAAGGCAGGAAAACCACAGAACAGAUUUGCCUAUCUAAUCUCGAGCUAGUCUGUCCGUGCUUCCCAUAUCCAGUUUUCUUUUAAAAGGUCUGUAUUGUUGAGGCUCAAGCUGGCUGACAGGUGAUAUUUUCUCCCUGAAUCCUCUGAGCUGGCCUGACUGAUAGCUAUGACAUUUUCCAACAGUUGUUUUGUAUCUUCAGACUUCAAUGCUACCAGUAUCUGCUCUUGGUGCCAAUGUUGUAUGAGUAAUAUUAGCUAACAAAAGCUCAGUUCGCCCCUCCAGAUUAGUUACGGCAUAUCUAGUUGUGACAUUUUUACUAGUUAGGUCAAGUUUUCCUUCCUUUUUUUGCUACAAGUGUAUGAAUUAGUGCCAGUUGACUUGGUGGCUGGUUCGAAACGUAUCAAACUCAACAGUUUGUAUCGAGUGUAUUUUUGUAAAACGCUUAUACUAGAUACUUAGUGGAAAGACACACCUUUGCAGUGAGACCAAGUCAAGUUUAGUGGUCAUUUUUCGUAUCUCAGAACUGAAUAAAAAUGUCAGGACAGUCCAUCACAGAUCGCAUCGCAGCGGCCCAGCACAGCAUGACUGGAUCAGCCAUCAGCAAAGCCGUCUGCAAGGCCACAACGCAUGAAGUCAGUGGACCCAAAAAGAAACACCUUGAUUACUUGAUCCACUGCACCAACGAGAUGAAUGUGAACGUGCCCCAGCUGGCCGACACUCUCUUUGAAAGAACCACCAACAGCAGCUGGGUUGUGGUCUUCAAAGCGCUCAUCACCACACACCACCUAAUGAUGUAUGGAAAUGAGCGUUUCAUUCAGUAUCUGGCCUCAAGAAACACGCUCUUCAAUCUGAACAAUUUCCUUGAUAAGGGUGCAUUGCAAGGCUAUGACAUGUCCACGUUCAUCAGGCGGUACAGCAGAUAUCUAAAUGAAAAAGCCCUUUCCUAUAGGCUGGUGGCUGUGGACUUUACCAAGAUGAAGAGAGGUAUUGAUGGAGUCAUGCGCACCAUGAACACAGAGAAGCUGAUCAAAACGUUGCCUAUCAUUCAAAACCAGCUGGACGCGCUGCUGGAUUUCCAGGCUAACCCUAAUGAGCUGACUAACGGAGUGAUCAACACUGCCUUCAUGCUGCUCUUCAAAGACUCCAUCCGUCUGUUUGCUGCCUAUAAUGAGGGUGUUAUCAACCUGCUGGAGAAAUACUUUGAUAUGAAGAAAAACCAGUGUAAAGAUGCUCUGGACAUCUAUAAAAAGUUUCUGUACAGGAUGACCAAGCUGUCAGAGUUUCUUAAAGUGGCUGAGCAAGUUGGGAUUGAUCAGGGUGACAUCCCAGAUCUCACUCAGACGACUAGAGGAUCUUACCUUGCUCCCAGCAGUCUCCUGGAGGCUCUUGAGCAGCACCUGGCCUCUCUGGAGGGAAAGAAAACCAAGGAGCUCUCUGCCGACAACAGAGCCAACACUCUGUCCAAUGCGGUGUCGUCCCUGUCCAACACGGGCAUGUCCUUCUCCUUCUCAUCCAGCAGGAUGGACGAGAAGGAGAAACAACAGGCCCUGGAGGAGGAGCAAGCCCGUCUGCAAGCUCUCAAGAACCAGCGUCUUAAGGAGAUCGGCAUGCAGACCCCCUCUGCCUCUCCCAGCACACAGUCUAUGGGUAGUGCCAACAACCACACUGCGGGCAUGGACCUGUUCACCAACACCACAAGCCCACCCUCAACAAACAGCAUGCCAAACCUCAACAGUGACUUGUUUGACCUCCAGCCUGCCUUCGUUCCUGCUGUGCAGAGCACUCCUAUCUCCACCGCCAGCAGUGCCUGGGGAGGUCUAGAAAGCAGCACUCUUCAUCCCAUGGCUUCCAUGCCCACCAUGAAUGUAGAUUUUGAUGCUGUAUUUGGGACUAAAGCUUCCAAUAGUGAUGUGAAGCCAUCAGCUGGUUAUGAUGCGUUAGGAGACUUAUUGAAGCCUACGGUGACGGUUCACAGUCAGGUGCCGGUUAUGCCCCCUCAUACAGGCAGUAAACUGUUGGCCAAUGACCUGGACUCGUCCCUGGCCAACCUCGUAGGCAACCUGCAGUUUGGGGGAACACCAGGCAAAAAGUCUGAUAUGCAGUGGACUCAGCCUGGGGAGAAGAAGCUGACCGGUGGCACUAACUGGCAGUCAAAGACAAUGAGCAGCACCACUGCCUGGAGCCCCGCCCCCUUGCCACCUGCUGCCAUGCCACCUGCCGCCAUGCCCGUGCCACACAUGGCUCCUGCUCCCAUGGCGUUUCCCAUGACAACACCUCAAGUGCCUGUGUAUGGAAUGGUCCCUCCUCAGCUGGGACAGAUGGGAGGGGUUCCAGUAAUGACCCAACAGCCCAUGUUGUACAACCAGCCUGUUCUCAGACCCACUAACCCUUUCACCCCCAUCCCUGGAGCCCAGAUGCAGUUCAUGUAAGUAGCACUUAAGCAGAGCGCCAAACAAGACGGCUGAAAAGAACACCAAGCGAGUGAGAGGAGGAUCCGACUACCACCAAAUAAAAGGAGAUCAAGACAAAACGAAAGACCGUACAUAUGGAGAGGAAUGUGUUUGUGUCAAGAAUGCUUACCUCACUGUCUGAAACGGCUUACCCAACACACACCAGUUGAGAACGCAUACAGUGUGCCAUUUUUCAUCUCUUGAGGUUCAUUUCUUUCCUGGGGCACGGUGUCUACUGGCAGGUGCGAUGCAUCAUGGAAAUUGUGGAUUUUAUUGCAGAUAUUAAAUUACCAUGCACAGCGCACACUCUUAUCUUUUUUUUUUUUUUUUUACUUCAUAAUUAAUAUGAAUUAGAUCUAAAGUCCACACAGUGGACUUUUUCUGUUACUGUCAUCUUUUGCUCUGUUACAAAGAUGCCCGUGCUCAGUUCAGGAAAACUGAAUGUCAAAGUAAAUCCCCUGAGUGGUGCACCUUACUAGAUCAUAAACGUGUUUAAAUGGCUCAUUAACACAAUGCCCCGGCUUCUCAUUUCAGAACAAGGAAAGAAUUUGACUCCUAAUAUAAGGUGCUCUGCACCCCCAAGCACUUUGCACAUGCAUUUGUGUAACACAAUAUAUAGCAUUGAGCUGGUCUCUUAUAUCUACAAUAUUAGUAGUCUAAAGUUAACAAUUAACAUGUUACUGUUGGGUUUCCGUUUCAGACAUGAUGGUAAUUUUGCACAUACACCCACUGGUGUUACGUGAGCCACAUGAAGAGCCCCCUCUCACUGGCCUCCCACCUUGUUUUGUCACUCCAAGGACACUGAUAAACAUAUCUGCUCUAACUCUUCUGUGUUAACCAAACAUGUCAUGCAUUUACGACUACAUCUCACACUCUGAGCCCACUCCCACAUGUUCCCCCCCACACUGGGAGCGAGUGACCGGAAGCAUCGGAGAAGGGUACAGGGCAUGUGGCCCUAUUCAAAAAUUCGUUUUUAAUAAGGGUUUUGUUCAAUCCUUUUUUUUUUUUUUUGUUAAUCUUUUAUUUUCUAGAAAGCAUGUUAUAUAUAUAUUUUUAUUAUUUCAGAGAACGACAUGAAUCAUGGUCUGUUUUAUGUUGCCAAAUUGUGUACAUUUGUGAUUCGAGAAAUGCCAUAAGCUAGCUCUUGUACUCAGCGCCUGACAGGACGUGCGUAUCGGUGUUUGCCAACUUUGGAACCAAAAUCAAUAGCUAAAAUCUACUUUUAGUCUGUUUUCGUGCAGUUCCUCGCAAUACGGAGCACUGUUAACAGGGUAUCUUUAUUUUUGCUUGUGCAGCCAAAGCAUUUUCGGUCCUCCAGAAAUCCCUUUAACCCUUUCUAGAGCAGGUUUCCACUUCAGCCUUUACAUCAUCCCAUAAUUCCUGCUUCGUUUCUUCAUGCAAUAUUUAGUGAUAGCGUUUAGUAUUAUUUCUUCGUGGACUGAUGGAACGUCAGUUGAGAUAUGGUGUGGUUGCAAUUGUGCCAUAGUGAUUUAAAAAAAUUUUAAAUUUUACAUUUUAGAAUCUCUGCUCCAUGUGGUGUUCUAAAAUCACUGUAAACUGCAGCUUCAUGGAGCUUAUUGCAUUUUUAAAGUGCUCACUACACAUAGCUGGCAAGGUUUUGGAACUUAACACACAGCAACAAGCAUUUAAUAAUUUAUUGGUUGCAAAUAACAAUCCUUCCUCUAAGCAAUGUUUAGCAGAAUGGUUGCCAAGCAAUGCACCGACUCAGUGGUACAGUAAUACUGAUGUAAUGAGGUCACAGGUGUGUGUUUAUAGAGUGUUUCACAACAGCUUCAAACAUGAGCCAUUCAAGGAAUGGAGCUAUUUUGUAAGAGGUUUUUUCAGUGCCAUUAAAAAGUUAGUCCUCUUCACAUGUUAUAGAGUGGUUAUGACAUGUUUAUAGCAGUCAGUCUUGUGUAGAUCGUCAUCAGAAUGGUUUUAAGAAUGUAUAAAUAACAUACACGUCCUUUCACCAUUUACUUGCCCGCAGAUUAAAAUCCUGUUAUCGUUUACUCACCUUAAUGUUAUUCCAAACCUGUAUGCGUUUAUUUCUUCUGCUUAACAUAAAAGAAAAUAAAUUCUGAAGAAUGCUGAUAACCAAACCGUUUUGGUUCUCAAUGGCUUGCAUUGUGUUUUUUUCGUCCAUUGGAACCAAAACGGUUCAUAAAAAUCUUCUUUUGUGUUUCACAGAAGGUCAGUCAUACAUUUGGAGCUCCGUUCGAGUGAAUAAAUGACAGAAUUUUUCAGGUCUGAGUUUGACCUUCCAUCAGUUCAAGUGUGGUCUUUGCUUUUGUACGUUGCUGAAGACAUGCUGUGUGACCGCCUGCGCUUCCUUUUGUAGAAACAAUGUGCGUCGUGUUUCUCUGCUUGCUUAUUUUUGCGAGUGCGCGAGUCGGUUACUAAUUCCUUAUUGAGCGUCUCUUAACAAGCUUGUGAGUUUAUUCUCCUUUGAGCGCCGUCAGGUGGUCCAGCAGGUUCAGACUGAAUGCUUAUUACAUGCAGGCUCAAUGUUGAUGCUCAAGCUGGGUUUGCAAGGUAACGGGGCACUGAGGAGCGAUGCUGUUUAAUUAGGAUCUAUUCUAUUAUCCCGUCACCGAAGGCUUGGAGAGAGUGUGUGUGUGUGUGUGUGUGUGUGUGAGUGAGAAUAAAUCUAUGACUGAGCUUCAGGGAGGGCGAAAGAUCUCAAGAUGUACAAGGGUGCUAUCAUGAGCCUGGGUUUCCAUGGUAAUUUCAAGUUUCUAGUCCUUGGCACAGGUCGAUGAGCACAGCGUUUCCUUCUUUUAGUUAUAUUUUUAAUAUUAUUAAAAGCUCUGCAUGCAUUAGCAGCCCUGCCUGCGGUGAAGACCGUGUCUUAAGACGCAAGUUUUUGUGGCAGCCUGUGAGAGUAGUGCUUUCAGACAACCAACGGGUCGUGAAUGCUUUUUAGCUCUGACACACCAAAGGCUUUUUUUUUAAACUGCUGAGUUGAGGCGUUCAAGGAGCAAACUUUCGUUUUUAUUUAGAAUCCGUGAAACGUUCCCUGCGUUCUUGCUUUCGCAGCUCCCCCUUGUGGUUACUGUUUGUCAUCUUUCAUAUAAACAACCGCUAGUUAGUCUUCUGUUCGCUGUUUAUGGGGCGGUUGUGCGCACAAAGCAAAUGCCUGAGUGUAUUGGACUCACCGCUCUACAUUCAUCCUUAAUUUUAGAGCUGCCGGCCAGACUGAAGAGCAGCCAACUCCAGUGUACUUCUGAACUACUUAGCCUGAUUUUAUACGUCUCGGCUCGGCUCAUUAGCUGGCCUGGAAUACACGGCUCAGCAGCGGCCUUUCAGAAUCGAUGUGUCAGCGUGUGCCGCACGUCUCAGACCUCUACUGGGGACGCUUGGUGUUCAGGGUCCUUUUCACCUUCGUGCUGUCAUGGAGCCGUCUUGGCUUUAAUGAUUGUGUUUUUUAGGUGGGCUGUUUGUCUGCUACAUUCUUAUUAGCAUCUUUUUGCCUUUAUUUUCCUGUUACAGAGAUAUAUGCAGUAUAUUUAGAAAUAUGUAUUCGGUAGAAGCGCCAUAAACCCUGUGUAUCAGCCCAGGGGAGCAAUGCAGCAAUUUUUUUUUUUAACCAUUUAUCAUCAAAUGCCAAAAAAGGAGAACACAAAACUUCUGUUUAUGCUGAUUUCCCCAUUGUAUUUUUUUGUAAUUUAUUUAUGCAGACCAUGAGUUUAUUCAGCAUGGUGAAAAGCAGAAAUUGUGGGAUUGUGUUUAACUUUUUGUUUGUCUUUUCAUUUUGUCUACCUUUCAUUCACAUCAAUAAAGUACCUUUUUAUUCCUGA